AGGUGGGUGCACUCAACGGAAUGAUUAGGUUGGACAAUUGAAAUUUGCUUGCAGGCUAUCAACAGUUUGAAGAAUGUAGAUUCCACUGCUCUGCUUCAGUUUCUUCAGCCAAUAUUGAAUAUGCUUCUCCAUCUAAUCGGCAAUGGUGGAGAAACCCUCCAGGUUGCGGCCUUUAGAGCCAUGGUUAAUAUUCUAACACGGGUGCAACAAGAGUCUGUUGAUGAGGCUGAAAGAAAUAUUUUUCUAGUAAACUAUGUUGAUUAUGCUUUUGAUGAUUUUGGGGGUCGUCAACCACCGGUGUAUCCUGGUUUGUCCACUGUGUGGGGAAGUUUGGCUCGCAGUAAGGCCAAAGGUUACCGCGUAGGGCCAGUGUAUGAUGAUGUCUUGGCAAUGGCUUGGUUUUUCCUUGAGUUAAUUGUCAAGUCGAUGGCAUUGGAGCAGACUCGGUUGUUUUAUCAUAACCUUCCACUGGGUGAAGAUGUACCCCCAAUGCAGUUGAGAGAUGGUGUGUUUAGAUGUGUUGUGCAACUGUAUGAUUGCCUUCUAACAGAAGUGCAUGAGCGUUGCAAGAAGGGGUUAAGCUUGGCAAAACGUUUGAACAGCAGUUUGGCUUUCUUUUGUUAUGACCUUUUGUCUAUCAUUGAGCCUCGCCAAGUUUUUGAAUUGGUAUCCUUGUACCUGGACAAGUUCUCUGGGGUCUGUCAGUCAGUUCUGCAUGAUUGCAAACUUACAUUUCUCCAGAUCAUUUGUGAUCAUGAUCUUUUCGUGGAGAUGCCUGGGCGUGAUCCUUCAGAUAGGAACUACCUUUCAUCUGUCUUAAUACAAGAGCUUUUCCUUACUUGGGAUCAUGAUGAUUUGUCUCAGCGGGCAAAAGCAGCUAGAAUCUUGGUAAUACUUUUGUGCAAGCAUGAGUUUGAUGCUCGUUACCAGAAGCCUGAAGAUAAAUUAUAUAUUGCGCAGCUAUAUUUUCCGCUUGUUGGACAGAUUCUAGAUGAAAUGCCUGUCUUUUACAAUCUGAGUGCCGUUGAAAAGCGUGAAGUCUUAGCCGUCAUUUUGCAAAUAGUACGCAAUCUGGAUGAUGCAUCACUUGUCAAGGCGUGGCAGCAAAGCAUUGCUCGUACCAGAUUAUUUUUUAAACUUUUGGAGGAAUGCUUAAUUCUCUUCGAGCACACUAAACCUUCUGAUAGCAUGCUUCUGGGCUGUAGUUCUCGCAGUCCAGUUGGGGACGGACCUGCUUCCCCGAGGUAUUCUGAUAGGCUUUCUCCUGCAAUUAAUCAUUAUCUUUCUGAGGCAUCGCGGCAAGAAGUCAGACCUCAGGGAACACCUGAGAAUGGGUAUUUGUGGCAGAGGGUCAAUUCCCAGCUAAGCUCCCCUAGCCAGCCAUAUUCCUUAAGGGAAGCUCUUGCUCAGGCGCAAUCUUCCAGAAUUGGAGCUUCAACCCAAGCACUGCGGGAAUCUUUGCACCCAAUAUUGAGGCAGAAGCUGGAGCUUUGGGAAGAAAACCUGAGUGCUGCUGUCAGUCUUCAAGUUUUGGAAAUCAUAGGGAAAUUUUCCCGGACUGCAGCAUCCCACAGCAUUGCAACUGAUUAUGGAAAACUUGAUUGCAUCACUUCUAUCUUUAUGAGCUUCUUCUCACGAAAUCAGCCACUUGCUUUCUGGAAAGCUAUGUUCCCGGUGUUCAACAGUGUAUUUGAGCUUCAUGGAGCAACAUUAAUGGCAAGGGAGAAUGACCGUUUCUUAAAGCAAAUUGCUUUCCAUCUUCUUCGUCUCGCAGUUUUUAGGAAUGACAAUAUGAGGAAAAGGGCUGUUGUUGGGCUCCAGAUACUUGUUCGGAGCUCUUUUUCUUACUUUGUGCAGACAGCGAGGUUAAGGGUCAUGUUGAUUAUUACAUUGUCAGAGUUGAUGUCUGACGUUCAAGUAACACAGAUGAAAUCUGAUGGGACACUUGAAGAAAGUGGAGAAGCACGUCGACUUCGGAAAUCUUUGGAGGAAAUGGCAGAUGAAUCCAAGAGUGGCAACUUGUUGAACGAGUGUGGACUUCCAGAGGAUGCACUUAUUGCCAUUCCAGAAACAUUGGCGGAGAACCGGUGGUCCUGGUCAGAGGUGAAUUUUCUCUCUGUCAGUCUUCUUCUGGCUCUUGAUGCUAGCCUGGAACAUGCACUUCUGGGAUCUGUUAUGACCAUGGAUAGAUAUGCUGCUGCAGAGAGCUUCUAUAAACUUGCGAUGGCGUUUGCUCCUGUUCCAGAUUUACACAUAAUGUGGUUAUUGCAUUUAUGCGAUGCCCAUCAGGAGAUGCAGUCUUGGGCUGAAGCUGCCGAGUGCGCUGUUGCUGUUGCUGGUGUAGUGAUGCAGGCCCUGGUGAGCAGAAAUGAUGGAGUCUGGAGCAGUGAUCAUGUGAGUGUGCUACGCAAAAUAUGUCCCAUGGUCAGCGGUGAAAUAUCUGGUGAGGCCUCAGCAGCAGAGGUAGAAGGUUACGGUGCUUCAAAACUGACAGUUGACUCAGCUGUGAAAUACCUACAGCUUGCAAACAAGCUUUUCUCUCAAGCUGAGCUCUACCAUUUCUGUGCAAGCAUUCUAGAACUCGUAAUUCCUGUUUAUAAGAGCAGGAGGGCAUACAGUCAGCUAGCGAAAUGCCACACGAUGCUAACCAAUAUCUAUGAAUCAAUUCUUGAGCAGGAGUCGAGCCCAAUACCAUUCUCCGAUGCCACAUAUUAUCGGGUGGGAUUCUAUGGCGAAAAAUUUGGUAAGCUCGAUAGAAAAGAAUAUGUAUACAGAGAACCUCGUGAUGUACGGUUGGGUGAUGUGAUGGAGAAACUCAGUCAUAUAUACGAGUUGAAGAUCAAUGGAAAUCAGACCUUGCACAUAAUUCCAGAUUCUAGACAAGUUAAAGCAGAAGAGUUGCAGCCUGGGGUUUGCUACCUGCAGAUAACUGCUGUUGAUCCAGUUAUGGAAGAUGAAGAUCUGGGAAGCAGAAGGGAGAGAAUAUUUUCUCUUUCUACCGGAAGUGUCCGUGCACGUGUCUUUGAUCGCUUCUUGUUUGAUACUCCUUUUACGAAAAAUGGCAAGACUCAAGGUGGGUUGGAGGACCAAUGGAAGCGACGCACUGUUCUUCAGACAGAGGGCUCUUUCCCUGCAUUAGUGAACCGGCUCAUGGUUAUUAACUCAGAAUGUCUUGAGUUCUCUCCAGUAGAGAAUGCAAUUGGAAUGAUUGAAACUCGGACUGCUGCUCUUCGAAAUGAGCUUGAAGAACCACGCAGCUCCGAAGGGGAUCAGCUCCCGCGUCUCCAGAGUCUACAGAGAAUACUUCAAGGCUCUGUUGCUGUUCAAGUAAACAGUGGAGUCCUGAGUGUGUGCACAGCUUUCCUCUCAGGUGAGCCUGCAACACGGCUGCGCUCACAGGAGCUUCAGCAACUCAUUGCUGCACUCCUUGAAUUUAUGGCCGUCUGCAAGCGUGCCAUCCGAGUUCACUUUAGGUUGAUUGGGGAGGAAGACCAGGAUUUCCACACACAGCUUGUGAAUGGGUUUCAGUCACUCACUGCAGAGUUAUCUCACUACAUCCCUGCAAUUCUCUCCGAGCUUUGACAGUGUCUUACAUUGCUCUUUGUUGCAGAGAUUUUACUGUAUGUGUGUAAUUUUAGUUAUGCUCAGCUUCUUUGCACUUGUUCAUAUAUUUAUCUUGAAUUUUUUUCUAUGUAUUAUGUGUUCAUCCUAAUCUUGCCUGUGCUUGCUUCUCCAAGGGCUUCUGUGGGGGCAUUGUCAAGUUGUACAUCCAAUCUCUGUAGUAAAGAUAGUCUUAAUAGAGGCUUGUGGCUUGAAUUGAGGGCAAGUUGUAUUUUGUUCAACCGAUGAAUAGGCUGGCUGGCUCGAAAACAUUGUAGUGCCAAAUGAACUAAGACUUGUCUUCUCUAAUCUGAUCAUUGAAUGAAAUCUGCUAUUGUUAGUGGGAUAAUCAAAUUUCUUCAUG